AUGCCUGUGGUACUCGAGCCACAGAAGCUGUUGACAUGGUUUCCUCGAGAUGAGAGCCAGAGCUACACGCCCGCCGACAUCCCCAUGGCGGGCAGAAUCAUGUCCAUGAUUCUCUCGCUUGUCACCCUCUGCGUGCUCUCCAUCUGCAUAUGUCGCCGUGUGCAAGGCAUUCACCGCUGGUCAACAGUUCCGCUCGGCGCCUGGUACAUUUUGUUGAUCUAUGUCGACUCCUUUCUCUUCGUCUUCAUCACUGCCGUCUUCAAGGAUGUUGGCCUCAAUGAGACGGUGACAAUCUGCAGAGGUGCAAUUCUGCUUUGUCUGACUCUCUACCUGUCAACAAAGGUGUGCGUCUACUUGUUCCUGGUCGAGAAAGCCUACAUCGUUCGCGGAUGCAAUGAACCGAGGCAUAGAGACAAGUUAUACAUGUUCAACAUCUGCGCUGCCAUGGGCCCCUAUGCCGUCCUUGCCGUCUUGAACAUCAUCUGGAGAUUCUCGCAUAUCGAAGACGGUACCUGCAUCAUCGGCAUGCAGAAGAAGGCAAUGAUGCCGCUAAUCAUCUUCGACGCCGCCGUCAAUGUCUACCUGACCACCCUCUUCAUCGUGCCCCUCCGCCAGCUGUAUUCGUACAAGUCACAACACAAUACGACACUACACACCAUGGCCGUCCGCACUUUCUUCGGCUCCUGCGCCACCCUGACCUCUUCCAUCGCCAACCUAACCUUACUCAUGGUCCUGGACGGCGAGCCUGCUUGGAUCUGUUUCCUGAGCUGCAAUGCCGAAAUCCUCUUCUCAGUCCUCACCCUCCACUGGGUCACCUCGCGCGACAAGACGGGCCAAACCACCAACCGCAGCUACAGCCGCAGCGGCGAGCCCAGCAACGGCAACGGCUCGAGCUCCAACCAGCUCUCGUUAAACAAAAGCCGCAACAGAAACAACGCGCCCAUCGGCACCGAGACGCUCAUCUCGGAGCACUACCAGGACCGCGCCGCCGCCAACAAACCCGGCGCCAACGUCAGCGUGUGGGGCGAGGACGACGAGCUCACGACGCGCAUGCUGGACGACGCCUACCAGGGCCGCGGCGCCGGCGGCUCGCCCUGGCCCGAGGACACGCGCGCCGUCGUCAGCGCCAGCUGCGGGCGCGCCGACGAAAACGAUCUCAUUGCCAGCAGUAGCACCGGGGCGGGGGCGGACAGCAUCGCGUUGGGCCGGAUCGUGGUGACGAAGCAGAGCGAAAUCCGGGCGCUGACGCGGGAAGAGGAGCGACGGGAGCAGGAGGAAAGGGAGCGGCGGAGAAGGAAGGGCGGCGUGGCGGGCAGGAACAGCAGGCACGGCAGCAGGACCGUCACCGGCGGCGUGGUGAUGACGACGACGACGACCAUGACGACGAACGACGCCGAGAGCGACACGUCGCGGACGACGGCCGAGGGAAGUAGGAGGGAGGGCAGUACGGAUGGGAUAAUUUUGGCGCCGGGCCCGGCGCAUAUGGUUUAG